CAAGCCCUGCCCUUGAGUCUGCCAGCGAGAGCUGAGCUGCGUUCUUUAUCAGGUGGAGGUUCUGCUCGGAGCCGGUCACUGCAGACUCGGUCAGCCUCGGGAACACAUUCUUCUGCUGGAGCUCACCUACCAACUGGAGCCAAGAUGCCCAAAACAGUCAAUGUUCGCGUCACCACUAUGGACGCAGAGCUGGAGUUUUCAUUCCACCCCAACACCACAGGGAAGCAGCUUUUUGACCAGGUUGCCAGGACCAUUGGACUACGUGAGAUUUGGUACUUCGGGCUGCAGUUUGUUGACGCCAAAGGGUUCAUCACAUGGCUGAGCUUCGAAAAGAAGGUGAUGGCCCAGGAUGUGAAGAAGGAGACUCCCCUGCAGUUCAAGCUGAGGGUCAAGUUCUACCCAGAGGAUGUGGCAGAGGAGCUGAUCCAGGACGUCACCCGGAGGCUUUUCUUUCUGCAGGUGAAGGAGGACAUUCAGGGAGAUGAUGUCUACUGCCCUCCAGAGACUGCUGUGCUGCUGGCCUCUUACGCCGUCCAGGCCAAGUAUGGAGAGUACGACAAGUCAGUGCAUCAAACAGGUUACCUGUCCUCCGAGCACCUGCUGCCCAAGAGAGUGCUGGAGCAACAUAAGCUGUCCAAGGAGCAGUGGGAAGAGAGAAUCCAGGUUUGGCACAGGGAGCACAGAUCAAUGCUGAAGGAAGAGGCCAUGAUUGAGUACCUGAAGAUUGCUCAGGACCUGGAAAUGUACGGCAUCAACUACUUUGAGAUCAAGAACAAGAAGGGCACAGACCUGUGGUUGGGAGUCGACGCUCUGGGACUGAACAUCUAUGAGAAGCAGGACAGGCUGUCUCCAAAGAUUGGAUUUCCCUGGAGUGAAAUUAGAAACAUUUCUUUCAGUGAUAAGAAAUUCAUCAUCAAGCCCAUAGAUAAGAAAGCUAAUGAUUUCAUAUUCUACGCCCCACGACUGCGAGUCAACAAGCGCAUCCUGCAGCUCUGCAUGGGCAACCAUGAGCUGUACAUGCGCCGCCGCAAGACUGACUCCAUAGAGGUUCAGCAGAUGAAGGCCCAGGCCAAAGAGGAGAGGCUGCAGAAAAAGAUGGAGAGGGAUCAGCUGGAGAGUGAGAAGAAGAAGAGGGAGGCCAUGGAGAAAGAGAAGGAGAACAUGGAGAGAGAAAAGCAGGAGCUGAUGAUGAAGCUCCAACAGUUUGAAGAGACAACCAAGAGAGCAGAGAGAGAGCUUCAGGAGCAGCUGGACAGGGCCAUGAGGCUGGAGGAGGAGAGGAGGAGGGUGGAGCAGGAGGCGGCCCGGCUGGAGGCUGAGAGGAUGGAGGCCAUAAUAGCCAAAGAGGAGCUGGCCAGGCAAGCUGAGGACCAACUAAAGAGCCAGGAGCAGCUGGCUUCAGAGCUGGCCGAGUACAGUAGCAAGAUUGCUGCACUAGAGGAGGCCAAGAGAGUUAAGGAGGAGGAGGCUGAGUCAUGGCACAGCAAGGCUAGGGAAGUGGAGGAGAGUCUGAUAAGGACGAAGGAGGAGCUGCACACUGUGAUGACCUGUAAUUCAGUUCCUGCUGCUGCUCCUCCUGCUUCCUCCUCUUCGUCCUCUUCGGACAGCGAAAGCGACCACGAGCACAGUGAAGAGAACAGCACCUACAGCGCCGAGCUGCAGACGCAGGGCAUCCACGACCACCACCAGGAGGAGGAGCGACUCACUGAGGCUGAUAAGAAUGAACGCCUGCAGAAACAGUUGAAGGACCUGAGCUCAGAGCUGGAACAAGCCCGAGACGACAACAAGAAGACCCAGAACGAUCUGCUCCACGCCGAGAACGUCCGAGCUGGCCGCGACAAGUACAAGACCCUGCGUCAGAUCCGUCAGGGCAACACCAAGCAGAGGGUGGAUGAGUUUGAGGCCUUGUAGAAACCUCAAAGACCUGAAGAUCUCUCCCAAAUACCUCCCUGAAGGCCCUGAUCAGCAAUGUUUUCAAUUUAAGUGUGAUGUAAUUGCAGCAACACCUUGUUUUAAAGACCCAGGAAAGCAUGGAGCUGAUCUGUGUAAAAGUACCUCCAUGAGUU